AUGACAUUUACAGGCAGACCCAUCCGGAUUGCAGGUGCUUCGGGCUCUGCUUCAGACCGUCGCCAUGCUAUUGCUGAAUUUGCCCGACAUUACCCAACCGACCCCGUUGAUGUUAUUAUCGCUGACUUUAUGAGCGAGUUCAAUAUGGCAACCUUCGCGGGUCGGCGAAUGGACCAGGCUGGCAAUGCAAUGCCAGCGUAUGAUCUGUCGUUCCUCGAAGCUUUGGAGCCAGCUUUGGGUGAUAUAGCCAAGCAUGGUAUCAAGGUAGCUGUGAAUGCUGGGGUGUGCGAUACCAAAGGUCUCUUUGAUGUUGUCUCGCGGAUGGUGCAAGCAAAGGGACUUGAUCUAAAAGUAGCGUACGUUACUGGUGAUGAGGUAUUACCUGCUAUCCAGAAUGCACUUUCCGGCGGCCAAUCUGACUUUCGGAACAUUUACACCGGUGAAAAGUUGACCGACUGGGGUUUUGAGCCUAUAUAUGCCCAGUGUUAUCUCGGCGGGCUGGGGAUUGCUGCAGCUCUCGCCGAAGGAGCUGAUAUCGUUCUAUGCGGUCGAGUAUCAGAUGCCUCGCCAGUGAUUGGGGCUGCUUACUGGUAUCAUGGCUGGCAGCGUAGUGAUUUGGACAAGCUAGCGAACGCUUUCGUCGCGGGUCAUCUCAUCGAAUGCAGCAAUUACGUGUGCGGUGGUAAUUACACUGGCUUCAAAUCUCUGGAGCACGGUGGUGACGGUUGGACGAACAUCGGAUAUCCGAUCGCUGAAAUCUCCGCUGAGGGUGACGUCGUGAUCACCAAGCAGGCUCAUUCGACUGGCGGUGCUGUCACAGUGGACACCUGCACUUCUCAAUUAUUGUAUGAAAUUCAAGGGCCGUGGUACUACAACUCGGAUGUGACCGCCAUUAUCGAUGGCAUUCACUUUGAGCAGCGAGGUGUCAACCGAGUCGCUGUACGAGGGGUCCAAUCGGGUCCACCCCCUCCCACCACCAAGGUUGGUAUAACAGCGCGUGGUGGCUUCCAAGCGGAGGCGUGGUGGUUCCUGACUGGGCUUGAUAUCGAAGACAAGGCCCGAAUGCUGGAGGCACAGAUCCGACGGCUGCUUGCUCCUUCUGCCGGGCAAUUCACGUCUCUCAAAUUUGACUUGCUUGGCUCAAAUUUGCCUGAUGCCAAAAACCAGAAUCGUGCCACUGUGCCCCUUCGUAUUGUAGCACAGGCACGGGAUGAAGAAGCUCUCGGACCGAGGAAGUUCGUCAAGCCUAUUUCUGAUAACAUCAUGCAGGGUUACCCUGGGGCAACUUUCCACCUGGACAUGCGCCAGGGCUUCCCCCGGGCAGUCUUCGAGUACUACGUGACUCUCCUUCCGCAGUCAUCUGUGCAGCAUCAAGUCCACUUACCCUGGAAACCCACAGCACGUACGCAAGUGAUUGAUAUCCCGCCUCCACCACAGACUAAGACAUAUCCCUCACGUCAGCCUUCACAAGCUGCUACACACACCGAUCAAGCUGUGGACUUGGCCAAGGGCUUUGGCCCAACAAUUCGGGGACCGUUGGGGUGGAUUGUUCAUGGCCGCUCUGGAGAUAAGGGCGCCGAUGCGAACUGUGGCCUUUGGGUCCGUCAUCGCGAUGAAUACCUAUGGUUACGUAGUCUUUUGUCGAUAGACACAGCCCAUAAGCUUCUCGGAGAUGAUGCGCUUCAGCAGCCACAGCUGGCGAUCGAGCGGUUUGAACUCCCCGGUCUUCAGGCAGUGCAUUUCCUCUUCCGUAAUUUGCUCGAUCGCGGGGUUGGGGUCACGACCACCGUGGACUUUUUGGGGAAGAACGUGGCGGAAUACCUUCGGUCACGGCAUGUUGAUCUCCCUGUUCGUUUCCUAAAUCGUGGCAAGUUGUAG